UAAAUUAGGUUUUAAAGAAUGUGUGAACUAUCAUUGCAUCUAAAUCGAUUAAAACAAUACGGCGACUUAAUCAUUUUUUUUUUCAGGGUCAUGACACCACAUCUGCUGCCCUCUCGUGGGUAAUCUUUUUACUGUCGCUGAAUCCCAAAGAGCAGAUCUUCGGGGAGUCUGCGCGGGAGCCCACCAUGGAGGACCUGGGCCGCAUGCGCUACCUGGAGCAGGUGGUGAAGGAGGCGCUGCGCCUCUACCCGUCCGUGCCCGCCUUCUCGCGCGUCCUGGAGAGGGAGACAGUCAUCGGUGAGUGA